GAUGUGGAUGAGUGUGCCCAAGGGUUAGAUGACUGCCAUGCCGAUGCGCUGUGUCAGAACACACCCACAUCCUACAAGUGUUCCUGUAAGCCUGGCUACCAAGGGGAGGGCAGACAGUGUGAGGGUCGCGGACAAGAUGGUUCCCCCGGUGCAGGUCUCUCUGCUCGUCAAGCUCGACCGAUACUCCGCCCUGGUCCUCGGCAUGGCCUAUGGAGCCGAGCGCUACAGUUACCUAAAACCCCAGGCUGAAGAGGAGAAGAGGGUGGCAGCGGAGGAAAAGAAGAGACUGGAUGAACUGAAACGGAUUGAGAGAGAACGGGCAGAAGCUCAAGAUGACAGCAUAUUCAAGUGAAGCACCAGCGAGCUUGGCUUUCUCCAGCCCCAAGGAUGAAUAAAGAUUUGUCAUUGUGUGGUGAAAAAAAA